AUGUAUGGCUAUGCAUUAAUCGAAAACCCCGUUACAUUCGAUGAAGUUGAAGAAUUACACCACUACUAUCAGUGUUGCGGUUUUGAAAACACUGAUGAUUGGACGUCAAUAAUUCUCUACCGUUAUAACAAUCUUUUUACCAAUGAAACUCUUAUACAUCCCAAUGGAUUUGAGUGGAUGAUAUACUGUGUAAAUAGGACGGAAGCGCGUUCUUGCUACUUACCACAGUUUUGUUGUUCAGUAGCUGGAUGUCAAAGGAUGCCGGACGAUGAAGAACCAUUUGCCGAGGAACUCAUCAAACUAGAAAAAAAUCCCGUACUUGCGUAUGAGUACUAUCACAAUCAUUUUCGUAGAAAACCCAAUAUUUCUGGCACCUACGAUACGGCAUGCUUUCCUAAAAUUGCUCAAAUUGUCGAUCAUGAAGUCACGAGAAUAUGGAAGUGGCUGAUAGUGCUGGUUAUCUUAACUAUUAUUAUGACAGUGCUAAUUACUGUCAUACUUCUUUACAAUUCUGGCCAAGGAAGAGUGAUGCUGAAUUUGAAUCGAGUAAGGCUUCUAAUGAGCUGUUAUCACUGCCUUCUCGUAAAUGAAAAAUUUUGA